CAAGAAAUCUGCAAAUAUUGAUCGACUGCGGUCUAAUGUUAGAUUUAUAGCGUGGAUUUAGAGUCAAAUCGUCCGAAAAGAAGGAGUCGGAGCAUGAAGAUUAGGAAGAGAAACAAUUGCUAGUCGGCUAACAUUGCUUAGCAUAGUUUAGCCUAGCUGGUGUUAGCCUGUCGAGCUAAUUUUCCAGUCUGCACGAGCCCACUAGGAAGGAAUUCGAACGAAAGCCCGUCAGCAUGUGGAUGGUGGGCGAACAUGGAAGGAUCAUAUAGAAUGAGUGUGACGGAGCUGUGUGAGACGGAUGAUUUGGCCACCAGUCUGGUGCUGGACCCGUUGCUCGGGUUCAGCACCCAUAAGAUGAACAUAAGUCCCCUGCCAGAGAUUCGGCGCUGGAGCUACCUGCGGGAGACUCUGCUGCGCUUCAAGCGCACUCGGGACUUCCAGGCCACCUUCGACGCACUGCUGGAUGGCGAGUGGACGAGCAACUACUUCAACGGCCUGGGUUCGCACCGGCAGGAGCUGCUGAAACAGCACAUGUACCGAUAUAUCACAGCCUUCCUCUUAGACAGCGGAGUGCAGAUCGAGUCAUGUGACCGCUACUCCUCAGAGACCAACGGAGCCAAAAUCACAGCAACGAGACACUGGUCGGUCGGAGAGCGGGUGGAGGUGCUGCAGGGCUGCAUCGCCGAGCUCAGUCCUGCCGACAGCGCCGUGCUCCGGACGGGGGUGAACGAUUUCAGCGUGAUGUACUCCACGCGGAAGCAGUGUGCUCAGCUCUGGCUUGGACCCGCCGCCUUCAUUAACCACGACUGUCGGCCAAACUGUAAGUUUGUACCUGGGGAUAAGAACGGAGCAUGUGUGAAGGUGGUCCGGCCCAUCUCACCUGGGGAAGAGAUCACAUGUUACUAUGGCGACAGCUUUUUUGGAGAAGACAACGAGAUGUGCGAGUGCUGCACCUGCGAGAGGAGAGGUGAAGGAUUCUUCAGGCACAGGCUGGACACUCUGCAGGACUGGGAAGGAUCGAGUGAUCCGUUAGGUCAGAAGUAUAAAUUCAGAGAGACAGACCUUCGGCUAAACAGAGAGAAAGGGAACAGCACCCCGAGUCCAUUCCUCCUUCUAUCCAACCCAGCUUGCGCUUUGAAGAAUUCCCAGCAGUUGAAGAGACACGCCCCGUCAGUAAGCAGUAGGAUGGCGAAGACCAAGCGAGCCAAAAGGACUGAAAAGAGGCAAAGUAGUUUCCUCCUAUCCUCCCUGUGUCAUUUCAAACUCAAGGACUUGAGCAUCUGCCUGUACAAUCACAGCCUGGACUUUCUGUUAAGCUGCAAGGACCCUGCCAGCAAAGAGCGGGCCUUCCUGCACAGGAUCGAGAGCCAGAGGCCGAAACCGGAGGUCACCGACGACAGCGAUCGGAGUUCGGCGUCUCCCACCGACGAACUGACCAGAGCUGAGGAAGGACCGGACACUUCUAACGACUCGUUAGGGAACAACCCUAGUCAUGAAUUAAACCUAAAACCGUUCAGUUUAAGAUCGGUUUCAAGUGGCUGCGUUGAGGGGAACGGAGACGGGAGCGGACUGGAUGGGGACACGUCGGCAUUAACGGUUGUUCGUCAGAUGGCGAUUUCUUCCAGAGCCAGAAAUUUAAUCCACAGUCAGUUGAGACGUCCCGGAGCUUUUAAUCGCCGUAAACGGCCUCACUUGAGUAAAAAGACAAUAAAAAUGAAGCUGCAGAAAGGGGGCAGACAUGCUCGCCGUAGAGCAGGCGCGGUCGGUAAAGGAUCCAGACGUGUUGCCGUAUCCAAGUUCUGUUUUGGCAAAACUCGUGCUGUUAGGGGUGGAACAGAUAACAGCAAUAACAGCAAGUCAUCACCAUCCAAGAUCCUCACAGAGAAGCAACAGAGCAGCUUUGGCGAUUCUAACAAGGCCUCGAACGAUAGCAAGGAGCGCAUCGCUGUCUCCGACGCUGCUAGCGGCGGGGGUUCCGAUCUCCCCACAGCCUUGGAACUCACCAGGGGGAGCGACAAAAAACACAAACCUUCUGUUGUCUCUCCCUCCAUCGAUGCUACCUCCUCCUCGCCCCUUUCCUGCGCCAAUCCCCCUCCCUGUUUUCCUUCAGCUUUGACACGUUACGUGCAAGUCAGUCUGAUCAGGGUCUCAGUCCCAGGAGAGCAGGCAGAUGGCAGGGCAGAUCAGGAGCAGACCGAAGCCGUACCUCAGCAGAACCUAACGAAGAGCAGACAGAGGUGCAAAGGUGUCACCAGGGCGCAAGAAAAGAAAGGGGUGAGGGAGAUGUACUUCACGCAGAGUGCGGACAGGUACUUAAAAGUGACGUGCAAUUUGGAAAGCAGUACAAAUUCUGACGGACAACUAGCUGGACAGGCGGCGCAGAACGGUAGCAAAAGACUUGAUGGACAGGAAGUUGAGAGAAAGAAUGAGAGUAAAGUUUCUCUUCCUGUCAGCACUGCGGCGUCUGCGGAGUCUCCGACGAAACGAGGGUCAGUAGCCGGUGUAAAGAGUAAAGGUGAAGUAGAAAAAGAGAAAGACGAAGGUUCAGGCGUUAAACAGAUAGAAGUUGCGCAAAAAACUAAUUUAAUGUUGCGGUCUGGAAGCAAAACUGUCCUUAUCAAAGAUGCAAGAGUGCUUUUGUCUGAUAUUUUUAAGAACGGUUACUCGUCCAGUCAAACUCAGGCUGGCAAACGCUACCACACCAUACUCAGAAAUUCCUCAAAGCGGAAUGACAAUUUAAACGAGACUGAAAGUAAAAACAGAUCUGUGUCCCUUACUGCAAAUAAAGGGAAGAAAAACUCGAACAGCAGCGAACGAGUUAAAAAAAACGUUGAUUUCACAAGAACUCAGCUGGACCAGUGCGAUUCACAGAAAAGACCACCGGGAGGUACGUCACUCCCCUCGGAGCCUGUCUCGCCUCUAAAGGGCAGCAUGGAUCACAAUUCUCAGAGCAGCAUACCUCUAAAGAAACGUGCUUUUCGAGAGUCUCUAGACGCUGAUCCAGAUCAGGAUGCGAGCGUAACUACAACCACGACCGACUCGCAGUGCCCCAGCAAGCCUGCGGAGACGAAGACGGACAGUUUACCUGUGUCCGAAAGCAACGCGAGUGUUAAUACUGAAUCGGAGAAGUUGUCUUUACAAUCAAGCUCAACUCUCAAAGCUGACCCCCCGGUAAGAUCCAAACCUUCAGUGGUUAGGAAGAAGCAGCCCAGAAAAGGGAUUCGUCCACGGUUCAUUCAUAACAGAGUACUCAGAGACCGGAGCAGUACAGUUAACCCAUCACCAGCAAAGACACCCGGAUUUAAAGAGAGUAAAAAUCGGAAAUGUAAAAGGACAAAUACAAAGGAAUAUGUUGACGCAGGAAGAAAGACAGGUGAACACAACAGAGACGUACAGUCCGAUGGCACAAAAACAUCACAGGGAGCCGACCAGGUUAAACAAGGAGCGCCAGAAAAUGCCAAAGAUGAUGCCAACCAUUUGUGCACUUCGGAGGACGAGCAGAACCCCAACUUCAGAAUACGACUGAAAAGAAAGAGGGGGAGAGAAUGGGAAAUGGAGGGUGGGCUCAAGGGUGACGGUGCCGCCCCCGAAACCCAAAGUUUAAACGGGAUAGACCCCUUCAGAGCCAUUUUGGAUUCUGUCGCGAUUUUAAACUUAGAAAUGGAGAGGAUCCGGGGUCAUGGAGAAGUCGACAAGAGUAUCGGUUUGGAGCAGGCUACUAAAGCUGUUCAAGACGUCCUGGAGCACUGUCAGAAAGAAAGUACCUUCAAGUCUAAAAAGAAACACAGAAAGAUACCCGGUGCUAACGUCAACAGUGGAAAGAGUCCAAACAGACCGCCGUCUGUUCAGGGUCCGUUGGAGGAUCCCGGGCAGCCGCAACGACAGAAUCAACCCACAAGAAGUCUUAAAGUAGAGGUGGACAGUUUUGACAUGAAACCGCUACCUCUGCUGCGAUUGCGCCGCAAGGAUAAGAGCAGCUGGGAGGUGGACGGCAAAGAAGCUUCGAAACAGGACGGGAUCAAGGAAUCGGGAAGUUUUACGCUCAGGGAGCCGAGACUUCUGUCGUGCAUCUCGUCUGACAGGACGGUUUUGAGAGAGAUGCCUUUCGGCAAAGUAAAGCAAGAGAGUCUCUCUCCCUGCCAACACUGGACUGCUGCUAGCAAGAGUGACCGAGCUAGAGAAUGUGAUAAAGGUACAAUCAGUUCAGAGCCGUCACUUCUCUCUCUUUCACCCUUGUCUCUAAACUCUCCGAAUAAUGAAGUGGUACCAGACGUGGCCUUUAUCGCUGAAUCGAGGGGCAAAGAAAGAAAUGCAGCUAAAAAGAACGAACGGGCCGAGAAUCCAGAGAGUAGCGAGGGAGGUGAGGUUGGCUUGUGUCACAAUUUACUACAAAUCAACAAAAGCCUCUCUAAACUUCAAGCCAUGAGCCAGCAGCAACCUUUAGAAAGAUGCGUUUCUGCUAGCACCGGCGCAACUACCUCCUGUCAAAAGCCCCUGUCGCCUCCCACGUCACCUUUUGACACCUUUUCAAACUAUUCUGAGGACAUUUUGGAUUUCCCCUGCUUGAAUCUCGACGGCUACGAUCAAACACAGUCGCAAAGCGCUCUGCCGAGUACGCUAACGGAUUACUGCCCCGGAGAACCGCACAACACCGGAUCCUUUAGCAGCCCCUUCUCUCAGAGUCCGGCUGACGCAUGGAAUCCGGAGGCUUCCUACCUCGGUUCCCCGAGCCCAGGCAGUAGUUUCGGUACUCCCGAAGACCUUAGUUUUUCAGAUCUUGGACUCACAAGGGAUGAUGCUGCAUCACUAAACAGCGAAUCGUACUUCUCUUCCAAAGAAAAGACUUUCUGUUCCGCAGCAAGUUCAGCGGCUUUUAAAGAUUCCGAAAGGAAUCAACUCUUGCCUGGUGGCGUGUCAAGAAAACGUAACGUGAUUUUCCAGACCCGGGAAGAUUCUCCACUUUGCUUGGCAGAUAAAACGAGCAACCAAAGGGAUUUGAUCGUGUUUAAUACAUCCUUGAAUGCUAAGCAGACACUUCCUGUUGCAUCUUGCCCGCAGGCUCAGGAUAAGGUGAAUUUCUUUGAUGGUCCGAGGAGUCUGUCGGCCCAGUUAGACUUCGCAAGAGUUCAAGCCAAGGACAAACCAAACGGGCCUUUCCACUUUGCAAGCUCGAGCUAUAAAUCACAACCCGCGUUUUUAAACCAGUCAGUGCCAGGCCUGUAUAAUUCUGUACUACAGGGCAACCCUGUCAAACCCUUCCACUCUGUACACACAGGAAGCAAAACCACGCCGUGCUCAGAGUCUCCUCUGAACCUCGGCAGCACCGUUUUUCAGGGCUAUGAAAAGAAGUCGACGAUGUUUCAGAAUCCUAACAGUCUGGUGAAAAUUGAAGGAGGAGGAUAUGCCUGUAAGGGUUCCUCUUUUGGUGAUACUAAACUCUCCAAGUCUCACGGCACCAAGUCUGGACUUAACGAGCCUGUUCCUGGUCCAUCGAGUUCACGCAGCCGAACAGAUCUAUCGUCUGCUUGUCCUUCAAGCGUAUAUAUGAGAGAUGCAAAGACCGUAACCCCCAACAAGGGGAUAGGUCAGGUCCAACCACAGCCUGAUAAGGUUUACCCGGUUUACUACAACUCCAGCAAGCCUACGACAAAUGCUAGUAAAAAUAUGCCAGUCGAUAAGCUCGAAAACAGCAGGGUUGACAAUCCUGACAUUCCUUCGACAUUUUUCCAUAGCACAAGCUCUCAGAAUCACAGCAUACUUCAGAAUAAAAACCUCAGACAGGAUAAACCCCAGGCGGUCGUAGCUCCCAACCAGAGCUCCCAAGCUUCUCUUCCACUCGACAGAAGUCAGCUGUUUCUCUCGCACUGUGAUCCAUUAGACGCCAACUUCGGCUCUCGGCUCUCCCCCGCCGUUUCCCAGCACGGCAGUCCUCAACUACAGAGCUACAGAGACGCCGUCGGUCAGAACGUCCAGGCCAGCAAAGCUCAGCCGUCCAGCUUCGUGUACAAUCAGCCGUCUCACCCAUCGUACGUGGUCAACUUCACCGGCGAUCACUCGCUCACCCUGAACUACAACGACAGCGGCGAGUGCCUGAACUACUCUUCGUCCAUGCCCACAAACUACACUUACCAUUGCCUUAUGGAGCCUUCUGGAACCCAGGGGAGGCUCAUCGUCGAACAGUGCGGUCCCUCGGCCAUUUCGCACUCUCCUUCCAUGGGCAGCUUUGCCGGUCCUAAGAGCUUCUCGGAGACGAGUAAGAACUCCCAGCAGCACGGGCAGGCUGGGUGCCAUCCAGUCAUCGCUCAUCACUUUCCGUCGUCCCAGUCGCAGAGCGGCUCCCUGUCUGAUCGCAAGCCCAAGAGGCUGAGGCUGGUCGUGACUGAUGGUACAGUCGACUUGGACCUGCAGUACACAGAUUAAUGGUUCUUAAAUCCAUAUUUAUUACUGAUGAUGCAAAUAUGUUGUUUUAUAUGUGAAGACAAAGGACUUUUAAAUGAAUUCUUCUUAGCAUUUACGAUGACGGUUUUUGUGUAAAAAAAUAUAUAUGUUGAAAAUUUGACUUCAUUAGCUCCCGUAAUGAACUGUGUAGAAUAUUAAUGUGAAAUGUUGCAGGUCUCACGUUGUAGUUUCAGAUCAGCCACUUGAUGGAGAUACCAUACUUGUGAUAUAACUUCAUACUGGCGAUACUCAUCAGUAAAAGUAACAUGAAGGUCUAGGGUCUACACAAACAUUUCUGGUCUGUUCAUGAAGGACCAAGAAAGGAUUCAGUCUUUGUUUAUUUUCGUUCUGUUUGCCUUCCUAGCUUUGGCUAUUUUAAUUAGUCCACGUGGUCAACGGUGCAGGAAAAGCUCAUUUAAUGCUCGUUUCUCAGACUCCGAUUAAGCCCAGUCUUGGAUUAGCCUGCUCGCUCAUAUCGUGUCGAUAUAUUUUACUUUUAACUUGGAUAUCUUAUAUUUCAUCAGUGGCAUGAUCCUAAAUCUGUAAACUGGAUAAACCAGCUCAUGAAGAUCUAAGCACAGGGGUUAAUUUUGUGUGUUCAAAGUCGUUCGUCUCCAACAUGGGCGCUCGGGUGGCAUGGCGGUAAAACAAUCCCACUGCUAAUAGAGUGCUAUCACCCGAUUGGGCGUCCACAGGUGUGUCUGAGGAGGGGUUAGUGGGGUGGGUGAACAACCUAGCCAUUAGAAGGUGAGUUAAGACUGUUCGAGGUGAGGAAUGCAUACCAGUGAUCCACUGUGCCACAUAAGGCACACACGGGACGUCGCAUAAUUCGGUCCUUGUUGUAGUGAAGUAAAGGACAGUAUUUCUGCUCAACACGUGCUUGAAUUUACGUUUUUACUGCCAAAAGUCAUGUUUCAUGGAGCUCAUAUGAGCCUACGUGUGUUCAGACACUAAUCUGAGGGAUUUUGAACCCCACUGGGACUGAAAAGUGCCGUAAAACAUGACGGCUCAAAGCCUGGCACUACCUUUCUACCCAACUUUGCAUGCUGUUUGUAAUAUUUAAGCUCCUAUAUGUUAGAGUCUGGAAGGUUUGUGAAGUUACCCUUAUUUUUUUCUCUUUCACCCAUUUUUACACAUUUCAUAUUUGUCACAUCAGUGUACAUGAAAACAAAUGUUUGUGUAGUCGUGUUUGUUUCCUCAGUGUACAAAGAAGGCCAACAUAAUAUUUAUAUUUAUUUCAAUAUGCUCCACAUGGUGCUUUAAUAUAACAACGUUUUGAUUGUACUGUACACAAAAUGUAUUUUCUUUUUUUUCUAGGACGACGUUCUCCUUUUCACUCUGUCUGUCUUGUGGAAUAUCUUGUUUUUAGAGAGUUUGUAAGUCUUAAUAACUAUUCCACUGUAAAAAGACAUGAAAUUAUAUAAAUAAACGGUUUGCCACAUAAUCUUUUAAAACGCUGAUGAGACACCCUUAUUCUGAUUUAUAUUAAAGCGCAACAGCUGAAUAAAACGUCAC